AUGAGCGAGAAGAGUGUGCCCGUCUACAACGAGACGGUCUCGCCGUCAAACUCAACGUUCAAGGGCGGCGAGCUACCAGUGAGCCAUGUUGGCGACGCCGAAGAGCGGCGCGUAUGGCGCAAGCUCGACUGGCACCUCUUGCCCUUCGUCUCGCUACUCUACCUGCUGUCAUUCCUGGACCGUGCCAACAUUGGCAACGCGAAGAUUGCUGGCAUGGCAAAAGACCUGGACUUGGUGGGGCUAAGAUAUAAUAUCGCCGCGGCCGUGUUCUUCAUCCCAUACUCGCUCUCUGAAGUACCAUCAAAUAUCUUACUGAAGCUCACACGGCCAUCAAGAUGGAUACCCUCUAUUAUGUGCGCAUGGGGACUCGUCAUGACGUUGAUGUGCCUGGUGAAGACAUAUGAGGGCCUCAUCGCAGCCCGCGUCUUCCUGGGCCUCGCUGAGGCCGGUCUCUUCCCUGGAGUGACAUUCUACAUCUCCCUGUGGUACCCGCGCCGCAUGCAGGCAAAACGCGUCGCCAUCUUCUUCUCGGCUGCAACUAUCGCUGGAGCGUUCGGCGGUAUCCUUGCCUUCGGCAUCGAAAAGCUUGAGGGAAGGGCCGGUCUUCAUGGAUGGCAGUGGAUUUUCCUUAUCGAAGGUCUCCUCACCAUGGUCGUGGCGUUCGCCUCGUACUUCUUUAUGCACGACUACCCUGAGACCGCUACGUUCCUGACAGAAGAGGAGCGCGCCUUCGUAGUUGCGACUCUGCGUGAGGACUCCAACAACGCAGCGACCCACUUCUCAAUGAAGUUCGUCUGGCAAGCACUGGCCGACUGGAAGAGUUGGCUGCAGGUCGCGAUCUACAUGGGUAUCCUGAUUCCGGUGUACUCCGUUGCUCUCUUCAUGCCCUCCGUCAUCUCCGGCCUCGGCUUCACGGACGCUGCCGCCCAACUAUUGACAAUCCCGCCCUUUGUGACGGGUUGUCUGACCACCAUCGUUGUCGGCUUCUACUCCGACAAGUUACAACUGCGCGGUCCCUUCUUCGCCGGCGGCGCCCUGCUCUCGAUGGUUGGGUACAUCAUCGCCUACACUACCUCGGCGCCUGGCCCGGGCUAUGUGGCAGCGUUCAUCGCUUGCGUUGGUGUCUAUCCCACUGUCGCAGUCGAUCUAGCCUGGGCGGGUGGAAACGCAGGUGGAGAUAUGAAGCGCGGUGUCGUGAUCGCCAUGGUCAUCGGCAUAGGCAACCUAGGCGGCAUCUGCUCCAGCUUCGUUUACUACGACCCACCACGGUACCACCAUGGCCACGGUGUCAUGAUUGGCUGGCUCGGACUGAGCGUGGUGGGGAGCUGCGUGCUCAUGUACACGUACUGGCGCAAGAACAAGGCAAAGGAGGAGUACUGCCGCGCCAAUGGUAUCACGCAAGACAUGCAGGACAAGUUCCGCGACAUGGGCGACAAGAGCCCGCUCUUCCGUUACAUCUUGUAA